GGCUCUGCACAUUGUUCAGGACAACCCGGUUUAUCCAGUUCGAAGGCUCCAAAAGAUUCACGGUAUUUUUAAAUGUCCCUGUCUUCAUGAGAGGGAAGGCGCGCGACUUUUACGGUUGACACUGGAGUUUUAAAAACUGCACUCGAGGCAGUUGGAAACUUUUCUUGUUUUUAAGACUGAAAAGACGCGCGGCUUUACAUAAGCUUGGAAAAAGUUCAUCAUUAGGAAUAUAAACAGCCAUCCCGAACACUCGCGGCGACUCUGCUGAGGCGGUGAUGGAGACCGAAGAGGAGGCAGUGCCGCAUGAGUCGAAGCGGACAGGUGGUGCUGCGCUGCCGCUGCUGGACUACACAGCUGCCUGUUGUCAUGGAGGAGCAAAGAUGGCGGUCCUGGCCUACAGCCUGGGCAAACGCGAAAUAAAUCAACAUUUUACAAUCAAGAAUGCCAAACUGAUAUCGCUGGCGGCGGUUCUUUUGCUGCUCUUGUUCCACACGGCUUUGCGGCAUUACGGAGGUGGAGACUCAUGUGAAUGGCUGCUGUCCAAAGGACGCUACUUGGGGGAGAAUGUAUGGCAGCCUUAUGGCUGUAUGAUGCACAAAUACAAAAGCAAUGACGCCAUAACAUGCCUUUCCGAGAAACGUGUGGUCUUUGCCGGUGACUCGCGAAUCAGGCAGCUAUUUUACUCCUUUGUCAAAAUUAUCAAACCUGAGACGACAGAAGAUGGAAACAAGCAUGAGGACAUCUUCUUUCAAGAUCAGAAGUCGUCUCUUAAUGUGGACUUCCUUUGGUAUCCAGAGGCAAAUAACUCGAUGAAGGACCGCGUGAUGUCAUGGACGCAUGAGGCCGCUGCAAAACCUGAUGUUGUUAUCCUCGGAGCUGCAACAUGGUCCAUCAAGUUGCACAGCGGCAGCAGCGAAACCCUGCAGCAGUACAGAGCAAACCUGACGGCAAUUGCUGUGCAUCUGGAUAAACUGGCUGAGCAUGCAGAGAUCUACUGGGUCCUGCAAGAUCCGGUGUACGAGGACACGUUGAGUGAGAACAGGAAGAUGAUCACCAACCAGCAGCUUGACCUGUACAAUCAAGCGGCGACGGAGGUGCUCAACAGCAGCAAGUACAGCGGGAGGUCUCGGGUCAAGCUGCUGGCGGCGGCCCGACAGGCUGCCCUGGAAACGAUCGUAAACUCAGACGAUGGUUUACACCUGCCAGAGGGCACCAGGAAUGUGGGAGCCAUGGUCCUCAUGAACUCCCUUUGCAACAAGCUGCUGAGGCCCAUUGACGGCUCCUGCUGCCAGACCAUUUCCCCGCCAAACCUCAUCCAGAAACUGUCAGCUUGCUUCUUCCUGGGCGCAGUCGUCGUCUUCGUGGUUCUCCACGCCCUCGGCUGCAACCGCCAUCGCUGGCAUGCCACUCCCGACGUGGAGAGUCUCGAGGAGAAGAAGCCCGCCACUGCUGCCGCCCCCCUCGGACCAAAGGCUCCUUUCCAGGCUCUCUGCAGGAUGGGCGUCAUAAUGUUGUACUUCUACCUGUGCGACCGAGCUGAUGUGUUCAUGAAGGAGCAGAAGUUCUACACGCACUCGGCGUUCUUCAUCCCGCUCAUCUACAUACUUGUGCUGGGAGUGUUUUACAGUGAGAAUACCAAGGAGGCCAAGUUGCUCAACCGAGAGCAAACGGAUGAAUGGAAAGGCUGGAUGCAGCUGGUUAUUCUUAUCUAUCACGUUUCUGGAGCCAGCGCUUUUGUUCCUGUGUACAUGCACGUCCGUGUAUUGGUGGCAGCGUACCUGUUUCAGACUGGCUAUGGACACUUUUCCUUUUUCUGGCUCAAAGGAGACUUUGGACUUUAUAGAGUGUGUCAGGUGUUGUUCCGGCUAAACUUCCUUGUGGUUGUACUUUGCAUUGUAAUGGACAGACCAUACCAGUUCUACUACUUUGUCCCCUUGGUCACAUUUUGGUUUGUUCUCAUCUACGCCACAAUGGCCAUUUGGCCUCAGAUCCUUCAAAAGAAGACUAACAGUAGUGGCAUCUGGUAUUUUGGCAUCCUGGCCAAGUUACUGGGCCUGUUGCUGAUUAUCUGCUUCUUUGCCUUCUCAAAGAGUCUUUUCAUGAGCGUGUUCUCAGUGUGGCCCGUCUCUAAGCUGUUUGAGCUGAACGGAAGCGUCCACGAGUGGUGGUUCAGAUGGCAGCUGGACCGAUUUGCUGUGAUUCACGGCAUGGUGUUUGCCUUCAUCUACCUGGUGCUGCAGAAGCGUCAGGUGUUGUCGGAGGGCAAAGGAGAAGCUCUUUUCCCUGCAAAGAUUUCCAACUUGCUCCUUUUCUCCUCGGUGGUUUCCUUCAUAACCUACUCAAUAUGGGCGAGCAGCUGCAAAACCAAGACGGAGUGCAACGAGAUGCACCCUUACAUCUCUGUGGUGCAGAUUUUGGCCUUCAUUCUUAUCAGGAACAUUCCUGGCUACGCUCGCUCUGUUUACAGCUCGUUCUUUUCAUGGUUCGGAAAGAUUUCCCUGGAGCUGUUCAUUUGUCAGUACCACAUCUGGCUUGCGGCAGACACCAAGGGAAUCCUGGUCCUGAUCCCGGGCAACCCUUCACUCAACAUCUUGGUGAGCACCUUCAUCUUCGUUUGUGUAGCUCACGAGGUCUCCGUCAUCACCAACGACCUGGCUCAGGUGGUGAUCCCCAAAGACAACAUGGCCCUGCUGAAGAGACUGGGGGCCAUGGGGUUCGUGAGUUUACUUGUACUGAUGUCCCAGCUCCUCACACCUGGAACUUAAAAAGAUACUUUGAGAGGACUGGGUUACGGACUGGGGGGCCUGCUAUGACUGAAGUGACAGAUGAAAAUCAAACUUUCUUUUUUUCUUUGACGCUACUGGUGGCCAGAUGAGACUGGUCAGAGUACUUCAGUAACGUUGUUAUUGGCUGCUGUACAAUGAGAAAGCUUGGCAAGAGGAAUAUUUAAAAGGACAGAAACACUGAAAUGUUUACAUUGCCUUCACGUUAAGACUUGGAGACCCAAAACCACUUUCUCUGGGCUCAGGACCUCAUGCUUGCUGUGAACCUCGCAGCACUUCUUCUGCUUUAGCCAAACUUGUUUGAUAUGAAGUUUGUUCCUCGUUUCCUCCGAGGAUCUCUCCGUCCACAUGGCAGUAGGACCACCAGCAUAUAUGGAACGUUUUUUCUUUCUCUUUUUUUUUUUUUUCCAAAUAAGCUGAUCUGCACAACAUCUUGUCAUUGAGCUUCUAUAUUGCUGGUGUGAGAUAUUUACACAAGGAAAAAAGUGGAUCAAUGUGGACUGAUCACAAACCUGCCGAGUGUAUAGUCAAAAAAUUUGCAGUGCAAUUGUUAAAAAUUUUUUUUCCCUCUCAUUUAAAGCAACGUUUGAGAUUAUUGCGUUUGCAGAAAGUCGCUGUUGUCACCUGCUGUAGCUCAGAAAUGACAUGUGGCAUGUACAGUAUUUAAUGACUUAAAUUAAGCUUAUAUUUUAUACAGUUUUGGCUUUGUUUUGUACUUUGCGUCCAUAACUGCUGUUUGUGAAGUAUUGCAUUAAGAAUUUUGUACCCAAUCUACUAUCUCAUAGACAAGGUUGAGCCUUUCAGUCGAAUGGUUGUGUCCUGUUAGCGCCACAUGCUGUGUAAAUAUAUAUAUGUAUAUUUGUAUGAUACAACAGAUUUAUUUUGUACAGCUGUUCAUCUCCUGUUCUUUAAAACAUGCCUCAUACUAGAUGUGGUGGAAAAUGCACAAUAUUGCACAUAUUGUUCUACCAUAGAAGAAACAAACGUCCUUCCUCAGACCGACCUAAAAAACCAAACAAAAAAAC